AUGCAUCGUCUUUUUGCUGAGCUGGAGCCAUCUUUAACCGUCACAGAGCAAAACCUGGCAGACCGAGUUCGGUAUAUCUUGCGCUCAAAUAUAUUUGAUGUCGCCGAACUCGAACGGCUACGACGUGAGGCUGUUCCCUCGUCGGAUGAGAAUGCUACGGCUGAGGAUGCGGCGCCACAAAUAGUAGAGCAACCCGCAAACGUGGAUGCCGCCGUGAAUACCCCAGUUGUGGUUGAUUCAAACGAUGAUGGAACAGUCGCCCAGGAACUGGAAUUAGAGCAUAUGAGGAGUACAUUGGAAGAGGCGAUUGUGGAAACGCGCAGUACGCCUCUCGAAAAUCGACCGCGACUUCCCCGCAUAGCCCUAAGCAAGCGGAAUCGGGCUGUCGUGAGUGCUCUGAACCCAAUGCUGGUGACCUAUUUGGAAGCCAACCGGGACCUUUGCGAGACGGACUCAAUUCUUUUUGGCGCCGCGCUGGCAGUCUGCCGUAUCAUAGGCGCCAAGGUUUCCACGGCUGGACGCGCUACUGGCCAUAGAAGCGCUAUCCCAGCAUGGAGAAGAAGAAUUGAGGAACGUAUCGCAAAGGCUAGAGCUCUCAUCGGCAGACUGAUAUGCUUCAGAUCAGGCAGCAACAGGCCAAGAAUUGUGCGCACCGUCAGGAUGGCGUUUGCUGGGACAAAUGUCAGAUUGUCCCAGCCGGAUAUAACGCAAAAACUGACGGAGAGCAUAGAUGAUCUGAAGCAGAGAAUCGCUGCUUGGGGAAAACGGAUUCGGCGAUAUACCGAGAGGUCGACACGGUUCAACCAGAAUCGUCUCUUCCAGAGUGAUCAGAAGAGGCUCUAUGAAUCAUUGGAGCGACCAAUGGUAAGUGGAACGGGUCCAGCACCGAAUCAGGCCGACACUGUAGCAUUCUGGCGCGGCCUGUGGUCAGAGCCCGUAAACCACAGCGAGGGCCCUUGGACGGAAGUUGUGGCGAGUCAGUGUGCGAGUAUUACGCCCAUGGACCCCGUCAUCAUAACGCCGGAUGACGUAGCUGAGGCGGUCCGUAGGGCCCCGAACUGGAAAAGUACGGGGCUUGACGGGCUGCAUCACUACUGGCUGAAGGGGUUCAUGGUGUGUCACUCUGUGCUUGCCCCACAGUUUCAAGAGGCUCUCAACCAGAAGUCGCUCCCAAGCCUCUUCACUACUGGGAUCACUCAUUUGGUCCUAAAGACCAGGGUACCACAGACCCGAGCAAAUACCGCCCCAUCACGUGUCUACCGACCAUAUACACGACACUAA